CUUCCUGUCAAGCGCGGGCUUGUACCGAGAGGAACCCAAAGCGGCGUUGGGGUUGUUUUCUCCAGUCAAAAUGAGUCGAGGAUGUGGACGGAGUUUUGUCGAAGUUAUUUGUGAGAAGUACAGUCCUGAAAACUUCCCGUACCGCCGAGGCAUGGGAAUCGGUAUCCACAUCUCUGUGGGUCCCCAGGGUUCACCCCUGAAAGAGCGUCUGAAUCUUCCGACUGUGCUUGUCCUGAAUGGUUGUGGAAUCACCACAGCUGGAAAUGAGAGUGACAUUGCUGCCUUCUGCUCCCACGUCUCUGAACUUGACUUGUCAGAUAACAAUCUACAAGACUGGUAUGAGAUCAGUAAAAUUGUAUCAAAUCUUCCUCAACUGACAUUUCUGAACCUCAUGUCCAACCCUUUGAGUCAAGUCCUCCUGGAGUCGCCGUGCGCGGCCACUUUCUCUCGAAUACAGAAACUGGUUCUCAACAACACCAAAGCCUCGUGGGAAACAAUUCAUACGCUGCUGCAGGAGUUACCAGGGUUAGAGGAACUCUUCCUGUGCCUCAAUGAUUACAGGACAGUCUCCCUGUCCCCCUGCUCCUACCAAUCACUUCGACUGCUACACAUCACUGAUAAUAAUUUCAGUGAUUGGGCCGAGAUCCACAAACUUGGCCAGAUGUUCCCAGGUCUGGGGACCUUAAUCCUGGCAAACAAUCACCUAACCAGCAUUGGAGAUUCCCAGGGAGAUGUAGCACAGCUUUUUCAAAAUCUACGGUCGAUAAAUCUCCAUAACUCAGGACUCAAUUCCUGGGAGGACAUUGAUAAACUCAACCUAUUCCCUAAACUGGAAGAAGUCCGGCUACUGGGAAUCCCUUUACUGCAGCAUUAUUCUGAGGAAGAACGACGCAGUCUCAUCAUAGCAAGGUUGCCAUCUAUUGGGGUGUUGAAUGGCAGCAAAAUUACAGAAGGAGAAAGAGUUGAUGCCGAACGAUUCUUUAUACGUUACUACAUGAAUGGCCCCGAUGAAGAGCUACCAGAUAGGAUGGAGUGGUCGACAGUCCAUGGGCUCUGGUAAAUCGCUGCUAUUUUUGGAGCACUCAGUAAACACCAGUUUUUUUGUUCGGAGUUGUUAUAUCCGUUUGGAACAAACAAUGCAGACGCCGAAACUCCCAAAGUGGAUGAUGGCGGUUCCCCCGAAAUUCCCCUCUUGGUCACAUUUCCGUAUUUUGCUGUGGGUCAGAGGUCUCUGUACGUGAAUAACAAUGGAGUGAUCUCUUUCAAUGUGCAAGUCAGUCAGUUCACUCCGGAGGCUUUCCCUCUGUCUGACGGCCGCUCCUUCAUGGCGCCCUUUUGGGCCGAUGUGCACAAUGGCAUUCGAGGGACUGUGUACUUCAGGGAGAGCUCUGAGCCCCACAUCCUCCGGAGGGUCACCAGAGACAUCAGUAGGAACUUCAGAGAUCAGGCGUCGUUCUCGGCCACGUGGGUCUUCAUCGCCACUUGGCACCAGGUCACCUUCUAUGGCGGCAGCUCAACAACGCCGGUGAACACAUUUCAGUGCAUUCUGGUCACAGAUGGAAGAGUUUCCUUCGCCAUGUUUAACUACGCUGAGAUUCACUGGACAACAGGGACUGCAAGUGGAGGAGACCCACUGACAGGAGUGGGGGGCUCAGCAGCACAGGUCGGCUUCAAUGGUGGAGACAACAGCCAUUUUUUCAGUUUGCCGAGUUCGCGGACUUCUGAGGUGUUAAACAUGGAACAAACGAGUAACGUGAACAUGCCGGGACGGUGGCUGUUCAGGAUUGACGGCGUCACCAUUGCUCCUGCGCGAGGCUGCAGCUACCAGGGCCGUUUUCACCGCCAUGGGGACAUUUUCUGGAUUGAUGAGAAAUGUCAAACCAAAUGUCGUUGUUUGGAUUUGGGGAACAUUCACUGUCAGAACCUUUCGUGCUCUCAGUUUGAGCAGUGCCAGGCUGUUGAGGGCGGCUAUCACUGCGUGCCCUCCCAGGUGGCCUCAUGUGUGGUGUUUGGGGACCCACAUUACCACACUUUCGAUGGAUUGCUCUUCCAUUUCCAGGGAACCUGUUCCUAUAUCCUGGCAAAACCAUGCUGGGAUCAGGAAAACCUGCCAGGCUUCAGCAUCGAGUCUCGGAAUGAAAAUCGAGUUGGAACAUCUGUGUCCUGGCUCCAAACCAUCAAACUGGACGUGUAUUCCCACAGCAUUCGCAUUCCUCGAGGGAACUCAGGACACAUCCUUGUGAAUGGAGCAAUUGCCACACUUCCAGUUCAGCUAGAGAAUUCAAGGAUCAAAGUUUAUCGCAGUGGACUUGCUACAGCCAUCGAGACAGACUUUGGUUUGUUGGUGACUUUUGAUGGGCAACACUACGCAUCCAUCUCACUACCCAGCUCCUAUCUGAAUAACACAUGUGGAUUGUGUGGAAACUUCAACAAUGACCCACAAGACGAUACCUUCCUCCCAGAUGGGACCUCUCCUGACUCACUGGGGGAGCUGGGCCGGGUGUGGCAGACAGAGGAUUUAGACUGGACUUGCUCCAAUGGCUGUUCAGAAAACUGCACUUUCUGUGAUCCACAAACUGAGGCCUUUUACUACAUGCCAGAUUACUGUGGGAUAAUGAAUAAAAGUGAUGGCCCAUUCCGAGACUGUCGCAAUGUGGUGGAUGCCACUAGCUUCAUGAUCAGCUGCGUGUAUGAUAUGUGCUCCAAUCGUGAUAACAUCACCACUCUGUGCCAGGCUAUUCAGGCCUAUGCACUAACAUGUCAGGCUCUAGGAAUUGUUAUCGGACCUUGGCGAUCUCGGACAUUCUGUGGUAAGACGUUACCAUGUCCAGAAUGGAGUCAUUAUGAGGUAUGUGCCAGCAGCUGUCCGGCUUCCUGCUCCAGCCUGGUUGCUCCAUUGUACUGCAACAGACCCUGCACUGAGGCAUGUGAGUGUGAUAUGAACUAUGUCCUGAGUGGGGAUAUCUGUGUCCCCCUCGAAGAGUGUGGCUGUGAGGCUAGAGGCCGUUAUUAUCCAUUCAAAGCAACAUUCUGGGCUACGGAAGAAUGUACCAAGCACUGUGUAUGCGAGGCCGAUGGAGAGGUGAUGUGUGUGAAUCGUACCUGUGCUGAAGGAGAUUCUUGUUUGGUGGAGAAUGGAAUCCGGGGCUGUUAUCCCAAACGAGUGUCUGUUUGUAUCAUCAAUCAGAAUAACAUCCUGCAAUCCUUUGAUGGGGUGGUCUUUGAAUUCCGAGAUGAGUAUGCGUACACCCUGCUAAAAACCUGCAGCUCCAACAGUUACAACCUUUCUCACUUUGAAAUUAAACUGGGAAGAAAGAAAAUUGGAAGCAGCUCUUGGGUAAAGCCGCUGAGUAUAAAAUUACCGGAGCAUGAAAUAAAGCUUGGGGGCAGUGAGCACAACAUUAUCAAGGUCAACGGUUUUACUGUUUCAUUGCCAUUUACUCAUUCCUCUGGGAAACUGAAGCUCUUCAGAAAUGGAAACAAUACUGUGGUGGAGUCGGAAAAUAAUUUCAAAAUCCUGUAUUCACGGCUCAGGCGUGUCGAUGUUGCUCUGUCUACCGCCUAUUACAACAGCACCUGCGGACUCUGCGGCUAUUUCAAUGGCAAUCCCUCUGAUGAUUUUCGUAAAGCAAAUGGGAAGCAGACAGAACAUGUCGCUGAGUUUGUAGACAGUUGGAAGACGUUUGCUGAUGACUUAACCUGUAACGGAGAGUGUGAGGAGCUCUACACGUUGUGUGCUGGUGAGGAGCUGCUUCUUUAUCAGGGCAGCUCUCUCUGUGGAAUCAUCAAUGAUCCAAAUAACAGCUCCUUCCUGAACUGUCAUAAUGUCGUGAAUCCUUCUCCCUUCUUCAGAAGUUGCCUCUACACCAUGUGCCUGAACGGUGGCAACAGGACAGCCCUGUGCAGCUCACUGCAAGCGUAUGCAGACACCUGCAUUGGCGCUGAGGUCUCUCUCCUCCAGUGGAGGAGCAGCACUUUCUGCCCAAUUCCGUGCCCCCAGAACAGCCACUUUUCCGAGUGCACGACAGGCUGCCCCGCGACCUGCAGCGCUCUGGGGGCUGAGCGGGACUGUCCGCUGCCAUGUGCGGAGGGCUGUCAGUGCCACGAGGGCUUUGCCCUGAAGGAUGGGCUCUGCGUUCCGAGGAGUGAGUGCGGCUGCAUUCACGGAGGUCGACAUCUUUCCGCCAACGAGACAUUGUGGCUGGAGAAGGAAUGUCAAGUGCGUUGUUACUGUAAUGGAUCUGAUAACACAGUGACCUGCGAGGCGGUGCCCUGCAGAGGGGACGAGCACUGCCUGCGGGUCGGUGGUGUGUAUGUGUGUGAGCCGCGCACACACGCCGUCUGCAUCAACUCCGGAUACGGACAUUACUACACCUUUGAUGCCUUUGCUUUCGAUUUGCACAGUACCUGCUCACACAUUGUGAGCACUCUCUGCACAGACUCCGGUGACAUCCCCAACUUUAUUAUAAAAGCGCGGUACGAGGAUCGGAACACGUCUUUGGCAUUGUGGCUCCAGGAAGUGGAACUCAGAUUAUAUGAUUAUAACAUCACUGCAGCAAAGAGCUACAAACACACAGUGAUGAUUAAUAACGAGCGUUUAUAUUUGCCACUGACGCUCGGCCCGGGAAAAGUAAACCUUUCUUCAUUUGGGCUUUAUUUGGUUAUGGAGACAGAUUUUGGUCUGAAAGUGAUGUACGAUUGGAACACGUUCUUGUCAAUAACAAUCCCACGAUCCCUUUAUAACUCCACAUGUGGUCUGUGUGGCCAAUUCAACGGAAACCCUGCAGAUGAACUGCAGACUGCAGACGGGAAGAUCACAACAAAUCUAAAGGAAUACAUCGAGAGUUGGGUGGUGGGCUCGGAGCUGUUCUGUGAGGUGGGCUGUGACAGGCUCUGCCCAGCCUGUCACAAGGUCCACACACUGUCCUUUGAUACCCUGCAGCUCUGUGCACUCAUAGUCUCAAAAGAUGAGGUUUUCCGCAGUUGCCACAGUAAGGUUAAACCCGGCUUCUUCUAUCACAACUGUAUAUUUGACUCCUGCAUUGAUGGGGGGAAUCGCCAAACGGCCUGUAACUGGUUACAGAACUAUGCGAGCACCUGCCAAGCACAAGGCAUUUUGGUCCAGGGCUGGAGGAACCUCACGUCCUGCUUGAUUAGCUGUCCUGUAGACAGUCACUAUGUGAGUUGCAUGUCAGUGUGUCAGCCUCGAUGUACCACCCUCAAACCCCAGAGAGACUGUAACCAUUACUGUGUGGAGGGCUGUCAAUGCAACAAUGGCUUUGUGCUGAACGGCGGAAGCUGCAUUCUCCCCCAGGACUGUGGCUGUGUGGUGGACAACAAAUACUACCAGCAUGGGCAAUUUUUCUGGAAUGACAAUUGUUCCAAACACUGUCGAUGUAUUGGUCGCAACAUGAUCCAGUGCGACUCGCGGCAGUGUAAGGUGGAGGAGGUGUGUGGACUCCGUAGUGGCGUCCGGGGCUGUUACAGCAACAAACGUUCCUACUGCAUUGCCGCUGGAGGCGGCAUUUUUCAAACCUUCGAUGGUGCCUUCCUCCGAUUCCCUGCCGCCUGCUCCUUUGUUCUCUCCACCAUCUGUUACAAACUGCCAGACACUUCCUUUCAGCUCAUUGCAAACUUUGAUAAAUGGUCCUCACCAAACAUGACUGUAAUUUCCCCGGUUUACUUGUACGUCAACGAGGAGCAGAUUCUCAUCUCAGGAAAUAUCGUCCAGGUGAAUGGAACACAGGUCUCAAUACCGGUUGUUACUGGGCUAUCAACGAAAAUCUCCAGAUCAGAGGGAUUUCUGAUUAUCGAUACCCUUCAGGAUAUUCAGAUCCGCUACAAUGGGUUUAAUCUAUUGUCAAUCACUAUGGGAGAACGGCUGCGGAACAAAGUGUGUGGUUUGUGUGGGAACUUUAAUGGAAAUCCACAUGACGAUGACUUAACCUCACUUGGGAAAUCGGCACAAAAUGUCAUUGAGCUGGCGAAGAGCUGGAAAACCAAUGGCAUGCAGCAUAGCUGUGACGAGGAACAUUACUUGACGCUGUCUCUCAGCUGCAAUAACUUGGAGAUUCACAAGCUACAGAAGGAAGGUUACUGCCCGAAACUCACUGACAUGAAGGGAUUCUUCCAACCAUGUCACGGGAUCAUCAAUCCACUACCAUUCUACCAAUCCUGUGGCCUGGAUGGCUGUUACUUGGAUGAGCAAACACAGCUGUGCAGCUCUCUUGCUGCUUAUGGAGAAGCUUGUCGCUCCUUUGGAAUUCUCAGCACUGACUGGAUCCGGCAGGAAAACUGCUCAGAGCUGAUUGAGGAUCCAUGUGUUGGCGGUGUUUGUACCAACUACAGUUUGUGCCGGCAGGAGAGCUGGGAUGUGUGUGGGUGUAACGAGGUCUCGGAUCCCAAGAACGAGGAGGGCGACAUUGUGCAGGCGGACGUGGUGUGUACAGCCUCACUGAUGGAGGUUUCUAUCUCCAAGUGUCGUCUUUAUCAGCUCGGCUUUGAGCGUGAGGAUGUGAGGAUCAAUGACGUGCACUGUCCCAGGACAGACGGAGACAAUUUUAUCGCCUUUCAAAUCAACAACACAAAUGGAAACUGUGGAAAUAUUGUAAAGACGAACGAGACGCACAUCAUGUACACAAACACUGUAUGGAUUGAAAGUCUGAACAAUACUGGGAGCGUCAUCACUCGUGACCGGGUUAUUAACGUGGAGUUCUCAUGUGCCUACGAACUCGACCUGAAGAUUUCACUUGAAACUGUUAUCAAACCAAUGCUGAGCGUUGUAAACCUCACUCUCCCAACAAAGGAAGGCAACUUCAUCACCAAAAUGGCUUUGUACAAGAACUCAUCCUACAAGUUUCCUUAUCGAGAGGGUGAGGUGACACUGACAACCCGCGAUGUGCUCUAUAUUGGAGUGUUUGUGGAGGGAGCGGACUCCACACAACUCAUCCUCAUCAUCAGUCGGUGUUGGGCCACUCCCUCCCGAGACCCCAAAGACAGACUUCGUUACGUCAUCAUAGAACGAGGGUGUCCAAACGGGAAGGACAGCACCAUCACAAUGGAGGAGAAUGGCGUCUCCCUGACCUGCCGCUUCCACAUCAUAGUCUUCAAAUUCAUCGGUGAUUACGAAGAGGUUCAUCUGCACUGCGAUGUCACACUGUGUGAUGCCGACAUUAACUCCUGCGGUGUGGUGUGUCCACACGGCACCAGGUUUCUGGCUUCUCACACCCGACAGCGUCCAAACCAACAGAUCCUCUCUGUGGGUCCCAUCAGGAGAAAAGCAGCAGACUGGUGCCAGGAUGGGAAUGGCGGCUGUGAGCAGAUCUGCAGCAGUGACCCUCGGGGUCCUGUGUGCAGUUGUGUUACUGGAUCCUUACAGCGGGACAGGAAAAACUGCCGAGCUUUCAAUGGUUCCAGUUUGCCUCCAGUCCUGUCUUAUGUGCUGGUCACCACGCAGCUCGCUGGCUGGUUAUUGGUGCACAGACAGAACCUAAAGAUGGACUAAGCUAAGUUUGGAUGGGAAUAGUGAGGAUGGGUGUGGAAUGUGAGGCUGGGUUCAGAUUCGAUGACCAAAUGUGCUUCACAGUUGAACAGUUUCUUUAUUCCUGGAAUCAAGGGGAUGUUUGUUUUAUUUUAUUUAAUUACAAUUUG